CAAAUUCCAUUUUCAGGGCAUCCGGCUCACCAAGCACGUAUCGUUGAACAACAUGAUAAGAGCAAAAUAUUUGUAGUUCUUCUCCACUCCUUCCCCCCUUUCUGACAUCUUAUGUCAUGGAUGAACAAACAAGAAAGUUAAGAGUUAAUUUCAACUUUCUUCAAUCCGUUAUUUACUAAAACUGACGAUUCUGAGGACUCAACAAGUCUUCAAGAUAAGGUACACUGCCAAGUGAUUUUCUAUCGUAAAGACAACUUUAUAUUUUUCUUUUCCAGAACAGCUUUGGAACAUACUUACUUGGAAACUCGUUUUCUCAUCGAUCAACUUAUUGCCCGAAUCAUGGAUAUACUUCAAACUUAACGUUAACUUUCUAUGUUUUUUUUUAAAGUUAUUUUAAGUUUGACUAAUUUUUGUAUUUUUCUCGGCUAUGGAAGUUCAACUCGGCCGCCGCUUAUGGAAAACUCCUUUUCCUCAGUUUUCUCAGGUAAAUGAAAAGAUACGCGAUAAUGCCAGUUCUUGGUUCCCCAAAUUCAAGUUGAAUAUUCUACACGGGUAGUAUUCUUUGCCGUAAGAGACUUUUUAAUCAAUACGCAAAAUUAGUAAACAAAAUAUGUGUUUGGUUUCAAUCAAACGUCAAGACGCUAACGGAGAAUCAUGUCAGGGAAAAACUGCGACCAGGGCAUAUUCAUUAACCCACAAUUUUAGGUUGUGAAAUAUUGUGCGGUAUGCAUUAUUUAAAGUUCAAAUUUAUAUUAAAAUAUUAUGGAAUAUCGAAAAUCGAAAAAUCGUUCUGAUGUUAGUUAAUCAAAGUCAUUCUGAGACGUUUGUUUGCCUUAAAAAAAGGACAUCCUUUUAUCUGAAAACGAUUGGCUUUUUAUAUAUUUUCCAUCUUCAAUUUAAAAUAUAAAACUUCAGUUCCAUUUUGUAAGUCAGUCAAAACUGAAAUUUAUUUUUACGUAGCAUUAUUUAACUUGUUUUCAAUGAAUUUCCUUUGUUCGGCAUUUUCAACAAUAUCUGUUUAUAUAUGUAUUAAUUUUUCUUAUCCUUCUUAAAAUGUACACCGAGUCUUUUUCGAAGAUAUAGUGUUUAAGACUCUGGAACUUCUUAUUACAAUUUUCUCUAAUUUUAAGUGACAUUUUUGUACUAUUUUUCAAUUUUCUUUAACAGAUACGUCACGGAAUUAAUUACAUUAAGGAGCAUAUACUUCCUUUUUAACAUAUUGUGAACAAAGUUACGUUUAUGUUAACUUGGUUGUAUCUCCGCUCUCGAUAUAAGGAAACUUUAACAACCCUCAACUUUUAUGUUUCAAAUAAAAGCGAUUCUAUGGGGUUGUUUAGAACUUUUUCUUUCCUUUUUCAUUAAAACUAUAAUCUCAGCACUAAAUUACUUUAUCGUCAGUCUCACAGAAAAGCUUUUCGUUUGGUUUAAGUUUUACUGAGGAAAAGAAGACCAAUUAGAUUAAUCUACUUUUUGUGAAAAAAAAAAAACAAAAGAAGAACAACAACAAAUAAUAUAUAGUACUGACAUUUCACAAGGCGUUUAUAAGAUUUGACUAUUUUUUUGUUUCCGCAACUUUUUUUCAAUGUAGGAAAUAUCUUUGCAAUUGCUCGAUAACUUUCAGCUAGAAGCGACUCCUUUUAAACCAAAAAAGUCAGUAAUUAAGGAAAUAAAUUAAUCGGUUACGUUUCGCCCCACUUUACAAAUAAUUCUGUCAGUUUUUAAUCUUUUUUACACAAUUAUGGACAUGCACAAUUUGUUGUUGUCGUCGGGAUGAAAACUGUACAAAAUUUUAUUCCCUAAAAAAACAGUGAAAUGUUUGUCAUAAAUGUACUUUACCUGAGAUCUCUGCUGUUUUCAAUUGUAGACACGUUUUUCGCGAAGACUUUAAACUCAACGGUGUUCUUCUUCAGUCGUUGAAUUUUGAAACAAAGACGGCCGAAACUGAAACUUUCUUAUGCGACAGGUGUAAUUUCAAAGCUAGAAAGCCCACCGUAAAUGAACUUCUUUAUCCUGUGUUUUAUAACUAUGGGCUGCUUCCCGUUUGCCUUGAUCAUCAAUACGUCCGGAAAAACAAAGCCUUUCGAAAUAAAGUUUGCAAAACGUAAUUAACUUGAACUCAUUGAAAAUUGAUUGAGUUGUUUCGUAAAUCCCAUCAGGCUAACAACAUGUUGGAUUCAGGCAAUAUCAUAAUUAAUCUCCUGCCAAGCUAUCCUGUAAAGUUCAAUAAAUAAAAUUUUGUUAUGAACGUUUGCGACGUAGUUAACAUGCAAAAGAGAAAGUGUUACAAAUUUACGUUACUGUUUCCAUUUUUGCUUCUUACAUAUGAUCGUUGAUCAUAUCUAUUUUGUUCAUUUUAAACCCAUGUUUUUCCCAUUGUAUUUUCACCUUCUAUCAGCAGCGUAAGAGGGCCGGCAAGGCCGGUUGCGUUUGAAACCACUUUAGAUGUCAAUAUAGAUUUCACGACUAUAAAAGAAUAGAAGCGUUAAAGCCUUAAAGAGAC